CCAGCUCAACCAAUGAGAUUAAAGUACUGCACAAGAUAAGGGUUAAAUUAAGUAUCAAAACACACAGAAGAAAGGUUUGUCAGAAGCUGUGGACUGGAUUUUUAAAAAAACAGAGACGUGGUUGAAGAGGAUUCGGGAAUACAGAAGAACUAGCUGUUAAGUUUCAGAUUUUCUGUUACAAAUGCUGAAAAGUUUGGGGUGACAUUUGGAAUUUGAUUGAUUGCUGCUCACCACAUCAGGUCAAACAUGGGUCGCUACCUCUGCACCAACUUGUGGUCAAGUUCUGUGAACAAGACCUUGAGAUCAUACUGCAAAAUUAGGUACCUAAUGAGCCUUCUCAGAAAGCACCCUCGUCUGGCUAAAGCUCCACUUGGCCCGGACCUCCACAGAUAUUCACUGCUGUCAUCUCGUCAUCCGUCUAGAUUGACGAGAAAAGCAACUUUAAAAGAUGUAAACCAAAAUGAUACAGGCUCUACCUCUAACCACUUCCUCAGAGGGUUUACCAACAAACUGAAACAUCUGCACUCUGUGCGUUUUUACUCGUCCUCCAAUAGGAAUACAUUCAAACCGGAAGCUCCGAUUGGGAUCUUUGAGGAGCCUAAGCACAGAUUUCUUUUGAGUUCGCUGGGAGGACGUCUCGGUGAAUCGUUUAAUAGACUGGCCAGACAUAUUAACAUUUAUUUCAAGAGAAUGGAUGCUGAAAAUGCCAGCCUUGUUGUCAGAACUCCAAAAUAUCUUGGCAGAUCACAAAGGCGUAGUCAAAGUCAACGAGCAGCCAGAGAGAGAGAUAUAUCCAAGGGCAAAGACACAACGCAGACCCUGAAGAGCAAAGACAAACAGGAGUGCUCAGAAAAAAGUCCUUCAAGAGAGAACAACUCUGGACUCCAACUAUUUCACGCCAGCUUUUUGGCAACAAAAUUUGGUGAGAGCUACAGUUACGUGGCUAAUCACAUUAACUCAGGCUUCUCUCGUGGUUCAAAUGAAAAAGUUCAAAUGCAGGAAAAUUUGGAAACCAUGCCUUCCAGCAGAGGGGCAAACAAUAGGCUAAAGAGGAGACACAUGCAAAACACUUACAUCUUGAAGUCUGAAAAAGUGGAAAUGUCUCAAGUGAAAGCAGGUGCUGAUCAGGCAACAGUGGAACCUAACAAUAUCUCCAGCAGCUGGGAGGAGGGCUACUUCCACUUUGCAAGGCACAUCAAUAAAUACUUUGGUGCAAAAGUUACUGAAGAAGUUGACCAAGAUCAGAAUAGGAGAGAACACCUUCCUGUGGAAAAAAAUCCCACUUCCAAAAAACGCUUUUCAGCCAAUGCCACCUCACAAACUCAAGGUGCCAUGUCUCAACUGAAGCAAGACAAACCUAUCAUCCAUGAAACUGGAGGCCUUUUCCACAGAAGCCGUAAAACCACACAAUUUGGGGAAAAUUUCUUCCAAAUGGCCGGUUACAUCAAUCAAUAUUUCAAGGGUCAGAAAGGAUUGGAUGAGGACAUUGAUAGAAAUCUCCUAACGGAGAUGGACCCUAAAGCUGCUGCCUCUGAGAGACUGAAGACUGUAUCCUUUAUGGACUGCCUUCGCCAUCCCACAAGUGCCAUCUCUGAUUUUCUUGGUGCUUAUCUAAAACUAGGCCCCUUGUCCCAGACUGGUAAGCUCCAAUUGGCUACGACGUCCCCAGAGACGAUGCUGAAUAGAAAGAUUGUGUUGAGUUGGAGGCAGGCAGAGGAAAUGACACAAGGGUUGAUUGGCACUCUGUCACAGGCGUCCUCUCCAGAAGCUCUGACUGCCUGUGUGGACGCACUCAACGAACAUCUUAUCCGUUACCCAUCAUGCAAAGCUUUAAUGUGGCAGGUCUGUUGGAUAGGAGUGGUGCCUUUGCAGGUAUUAAAGUUACUGGAAGCGGAGACAGGCAAGAAAGUCCACCAGCUGUUUGACUACAUCUGUGGAGUGAGCACAGGUGCCAUCCUAGCCUUCAUGCUGGGCCUGGCCCGUUUCUCUCUGGAAGAGUGUGCUGACAUGUAUUGUCGUUUUGGCUCUGAAGUGUUUCGGCAGAACCCGCUGGUUGGUACGGUUUCAGCAGUCAGUGCAGUGGUAAACUGGGGUACCACUCCAAAAGCCUUUGUCUUCCGCAACUACAACCACAAACCAGGCUCUCUCAGCCGCUACGCCGGAGGCUCAGUGUGCCAGAUGUGGCAGGCAGUGCGAGCAUCAUCAGCUGCCCCGGGAUACUUCCAGGAGUUCCCCUUACAAAGUGACAUUCACCAGGAUGGAGGAAUUAUCCUGAACAAUCCCUGUGCCUUGGCUGUCCAUGAGAGCCGUCUAUUGUGGCCCAACCAGCCCUUCCAGUGUGUGCUGUCCCUUGGCACCGGUCGCUAUGACAAUGCAAAGAGGGGACCUGCCACCUCCACCAGCCUGAGGGCCAAAAUCAGCAACCUGGUCAACAGCGCUACAGACACUGAAGGGGUCCACACCCUUUUGGACGAUCUGCUGCCUCCAGACGUGUACUUUCGCUUCAACCCCAUGUUGAGUGCUGUGGUGUCCCUGGAUGAGAGCCGUCCAUGGGCCAUGGACCAGCUGCAGAGAGACACGCAGAACUACCUGGAGAGGAACCGGCCCAAACUGGCCAGGCUGUGUUUGGUGCUCGGGGCGGAGCGCACAGCUGCAAGCAAAACCAAGGACUGGAUGAGUGAGAGGGCCUGGGAGAUGAAGCAGAGAUGGGUGUGA